AUGGACAGUGGCACUGGACUAGAUCAACCUGCGCAUGCCUCGCUGAACGGCGCGGUUGUCAGCGACGAGCUUGCCACCGUUCGCUCGCUUCUCGGAGAGAUCAAGUCGGGCGUACAGGCGGUCAAGGACUCGGCAGACGGCUGGAAGCAGCGCCUCACCUCGACGUCGGAUCUCGCCUACCCCUCUGGCAUCUCGCUCCUCUCGCUCAAGAACCACCUUCUCCUCUCGUACAUCCAGCACCUCCUCGCCCUCUUUGCCGUCAAGCUGCAGGGCCGCUCGCUCGCCUCGACCGAAGGCCCGGCGGACGUUGUCGCCCAGCUCGUCAAGCUUCGCGUUGUCCUCGAGAAGAUGGGACCGCUUGAGCAGCGGCUGAAGUACCAGGUCGAGAAGCUUGUACGCAAGGCGGACCAGUUUGACGAGGAGGGCGCACAAAACGAGGAGGAUGUUCUGAACGACCCGCUCGCGUUCCGGCCGAACCCGUCGAACCUUGUGCUGGAUCGUACGGUGUCGGAAGGAGAGGAGGAGGAGGAGGCAGAGGAGCGGUCAGGCGUGUACCGACCGCCUCGACUGGCUGCGAUGCCUUAUGUCGAGGGUCCUGCCAAGGGCAAGAAAAAGAAGCGCGAGGCAACAAUGCCGUCGCACCUCAUCAACGACAUGUCGCUCGCGAUGACCUCGUCGACUCCCUACGCCGAAGCCACCUCCGGCUUGUCCGUCUCGUACGACCCAUCGCUCAAGUCAGGCGCCAAAGCACGUCUCGACAAAAUCCUCGACUACGAGACGUCCAACUUCCGCCGUCUCGGGAAGAGCAAGAAGGACGAGCGCGACCGGCGCAGGAUGGAGGAGGAGGUUGCGUUUGGCGGACUGGGCGCAGGAAAGGGCGGCAAGCGACGUCUCGGCGGAUUCGGCGCCGAGUUCGACGAUCUCUUGGGCGACCACCGUGGCGGCGAGAAGCGCAAAGCGGCGGCUUAUGAGCAGAUGUCGGGCUUCAAGCGGCCCAAGGUGGCGGCGCGGCAGAGGGACGAGGACGGUGCGGGUACGAGCGGGUUGUCAGGUGCUGGCGGGAAGCGCAAGAAGUCGGCGUUCGACAAGGCGGUCAAGCGGGCGAACUCGAAGCGGUGA